ACCAAAUGCACUUCCGACUCAUGAACUCAUUCAGCCGGGGGCGCGCUGACUGUGCUGCUAACAGCUAAUCAGCUAGCGGAGCAGGGAUAAACAGAGCCGGACGAUUCACAACACACAGUAAACCAGAGUAAUCUGCCCUAGUGUAAACAACUGAUAUAAUCUGACCACAAACGGCAAAGGAACUCUUAUCCCAGAUGACCAUGUUCUGUGUCCUAUAAUAAAAAUAAUAAUCGAAACACUACUAUACAAUCCAAGGCGUCUGUGCUUUCUCUCUUCACUCUCAGCAAAAUGGAAACGGAAGCUGAGGUAAUCCCUAUUUGGCAAAAUAAACCACAUGGAUCAACUCGUAGUGUGGUGAGACGAAUCGGCUCCACACUGCCUCUUAAACCCUGUACCAGGGCUUGUUUCCAGGAACUCCCAGGGCUCCCGCCAAUGCGUUCUAUGGACGGUCCUAUGGUGCCUACAUUGGCAGAUAUUGCCUGGAUCGCAGAUGACGAGCAGGAGACAUAUGCCAGAGUCAGGAGUGACACGCGUCCCCUGAGGCAUGAGUGGAGGCCAACGCCGCUGCUGGUUAUGCACAGGAACUCGUCUGUGCCAAACUUCAGACGUGAAGGCAGGCGAGUCGAGGGUCUGAGGAAACCAGGUGUAACCACUUUUAACCGGACAACAGCUUUACAAGAUGAGCUGAGUCGACUCCGAGCCCAGAUCGCCAAGAUUGUCGCUACAGAAUCAGAUUCGAACCCCAUUACCCCUGACCUGCUGUCCCCUGAUGACACUAGUGUGGGCUUUUCCAUGGCUCCUUUUGAGACUGCUGCUUACCAGCCUGCCCCCACAGCCUCCUUUGUCAUCAGUGAUGUCAAGGAAGAGGAGGAAGAAGAGGAGGAGGAGGAGGAGGAGGAAGUGUCAGAGCUAGUGCCUGAUCCUGUGCCACCAGUUUCCAUGACUGCAUCUGCAACUUUUGAUCUCGAUCGCCCUACUAUGGACUUCCGAGAGCCAGAGGAGGAUACUGUGUCCCUUUCAAAAUCAACAAGCUUCGCUGAUGUCAUGGACAUCCUGAAAGAUAUGAACCGCAUGAAGAUGAGCAAGGACCGAUAUAACCGUGGGUGCACCUCACUAAUGGAGGUAGAUUCUGCCUCUCUUAUAUCUGAAGCAUUGCGGAAGAAAUUCAUUCUGAAGGAUGAUGACAUCAGUGUGAGGAAAUAAUCAAUCAUCCAAACCCUCACAGCAGACUCUCCAUGUAAGGCUAAACUGCAUGGAAUGCUUUUCUCUUUGGUUUAAAGUUGGAGAUUGAGAUACAAAUCCAAGAGAAUAAAACAUGGCUUUUGAAUUUUUAUGUACUUGAAUCUUAUCUUUUUUUCCUACUGGGUCAAUAGUCCCAUGCCUGUGGACCGUUGCCGUGAAAACCCCAUAAAGCCUCUCAAUAAACCCAAUGGACAACUUUUGUGUUCCUCAGCGCUCCCACAAUGCUGCACUGUGGUGACACGUCUGGAAGGAAAAGAAGCAGUUCUCGUCAGCUCAUACACACACACACACACACACACACACACACACACACACAUUAGAAAUUUGUUGGCUACUCAGUGCAAGUUGGAGAGUUUGUGUGUGUGUGUGUGGUCCAUAAGCAUAGCCUUGAUCAGUGAUCACUGAGCCUUUUUUGUUCCAUCAUAGACUUUGUGAAAUCCAAGCACUACUUCCUGGUUUACCCUUAAUCUUUUUUUGUCAAUUUCAAUAGGACAGUAAUAUCUUUAGACCCUUUAACAAGCGUGCAAUUCCACACUAUACUAUUCAAGCCAUGAAACCACAGAAGAGUCCUGGAGGUGCCCAGUCCCAGUGUAUCUACUUGUAGAUGUAUAGUUGGAGCUGUAGCAGUGUUUCUCUUGCCUUACACGUUCCCUCAUACAAACCCUGUAAUACUUGAAACCAUUUUGAUGCGUGAUCUGAUGUUACAAUACUGACAUGCGUUUGCCUCUAUUUAGAGACUAAACAAAAAGAGGUUCUUCUAUUUAAAGGGUUUUUGGUGUGUCCAUGUGCACUGAAGACUUUGUAUUGCGUUCACCUGUAAUUAGCGCUCUGUGAUGUUCCCUUUUACCCUACAGACCUUUGAAGUGUAUAUUGUACCAGAACACUGAUGUGGUUUAGCAACAUAAGUUUGAAUUCAUGAUGUGUGUGCUUUAUGUUCAGGAAGUACAUGGGAAAUAAAAUAUUGUUGGUUUUUGCUUGUCAGGCAGGUUGUAAAUGUUUCUGUAAAAUCUGAAUAGCAUGUGUGAUGUGGUGUUGGGUGUGACUAGAAGCCAGUUUUGGCCUCAUGUUUUAUAUGACGAUGAAGGAUGCUUUUUUUCCUUUUGCAAAGUGUAACAAGAAGCUAUUUUAAUGCAUACGUUGCUUUGUGCCACGGUUGCUCGCUAAAGUGGGAAUCAAGCCCAACAUGUGUUUUUUAUUUGUUUCACAUUCUUUAGACAUGCCUGCAGCCUGGUUCCAUCAGUCUUACACAUUGCAUUAGAAGAGAAAUUUGGUGUUUUUAAACGUUUUUUUCUAACUCCACAAUGCUCCAGUGCAAUGAAAUGCUUUUAUAGUUACCUUCAUAACAUCAAUAAAAGCUAUGACUACCUAACAUUAUUUUUUUUCUAAUUUACAGUACAAAUGGCUUUUUUCAGAGUUACAUUAAUAAACAAGUUUGUUACAGUCAAUGCUAAUAGGUGAAUAGAGCUGUAAUAUCAACUGUUAUAUAUCACACACUUGACAUACUAAGGUAUGUCCGUGUACCUGUCAGUAACAGGUAAAAUGUGUGUGUGCUGCUCUUCCAUUCUGACUGCGGUUUCAUUUAUAUUUUCAACCAUAGAAAACACUGCAAGUUUGCUUUGAUUCAGGCCAGUUUUGCAGUGCCAUGUUUUUUUAGAAAACAGAAACUUGUGUACUUGUGUUUUCUUAUUGUCAAAUAAGAGAAUUCUAUUGACUCCUGUUUAUGCACAAGAGGAAAUAAAUGGUUUAAAAGCA